GUGAGGCCAAAAAAAUACCAGUAGAUAAAAAAAUAUAGAGGUGAUGAAAUAAGAAAGUAUUGAUUGAUUAUUGGUUGUUUAACAUCCAGUGGCAAAUAUUUGAUCCAUGUUUAGGAAGAAUAUAGUAUAGAGCAAUUGGCAGGUAAAUAAAGUAUAAAGUUAAAUAAUAGAAAAAAUAAAAGAUAUAGAAAUCUAGGAAUGAUGAUCUGAACCCCUUUUUGACGUCCAAUAUUUGCCAAUAGAAAAUAUUUAUGCAACUGGUUGAUUACAUGUAUAUACUAUUCUAUAUUCUUUAUAAAUUCUGUCUUGAUUAUAGGCAUGCAGUUGAUGAAAUGGAUACUCCUGGCAGUGACCAGAUAUGUUUCAAUUUUGAAAAAUCCAAAGAAAAACUUAUUUCAAAGUCCUGUUGACAGUGUCAAGGAGAAUUAUUUACCAGUAUUUUCAACACCUUUGGCACCAUUGAGCAUCUGUUCAAAUACUCAGAAAAGGAAUAGGAAACUUGGCUGGUCACCUGUUAAACAUACCCCUGUAAAGAGUCCCCCAAAGAAGAAAAGCAGAGAAGGACCAUGGACCGAUGAUCAAGAUCGGAGUCUUAUUGAAUUUGUGGCUCUCCAUAAAGAUUUGCAAACUAGUAGCAGUGAAUGGCCAUCCAUGAGAUCAGACCAUGUGUAUUGGAUUAAAGCAGCAGAAUAUAUUCAGAUGAUCGAUGGUUCCAAUCGCAGUGCUACAUCAUGCAGAUCCAGGAUAGUUAAUAAACUCAGAACAACAUAUUCAACAAUUUCAGAAGCUGAAGAUGCUUACAGCUGUGAUUAUGAGGACAUCAGGGAGGUCAGUAAUGACUCUGGAUUCCUGGAACCCCAGAACAUUACCAGUUUAUCACCUGCAAGUGACGUCAUUGAAAAAGUAUUAUUCAAGUCACUCCAAAGAUUAGAUGUUCAACAAUCAACAGAACUUAUUAAACAGUUUUUUUUCAGCAGAAUUCUGAGAUGAAUAAGAAAACUUUGCUUAAUUCAUUGCUACAAGAGGACAGCUUAUUAAACAUCUACCACAUUUUUGAUAAUAGUGAUACCAUUACUGCAUGCCAGAGAUAUGAGAUGGUAUUAAAAAACUU